CAGACGCAGCGCGCGCUCUGAGGUGCAGCACGCGAAACGGAGCUCUUCUCUGCUGCUUGAGACUGCAAAGACGAAAGCUGUUCCGGAUAACAUCAAGAGCAGAAAACAUAUGUGUGCAUCAUGAAGUUUGCGGCUUUAGUCUGUUUGGUUGUUUUCUUCGCUGCAGAUGGGGAGUCCAUGCCAGUCGAGCAGGACAGCCAAAGAGAAGACCUGAUUACCCAGUGUUUAGUUCACAUCCUUUCAAAGGCAUUGUAUGAGACCGAUGAUACUCCACUGCAUCCAGAAUGCAAAAACAUCCUUAGACCAGGAUCAGGUCAUUCAUCAGUUGUGAAAGACGAGGAUGACACCCUAGAACCAGUUCAAGAAGAACUAAUAAAGCCAAGAGGAGAGUCUAAAGUCAAGGAGGAACUCAUUGAGGAUCUUCUCAAAACUAACAAACGGGAGGAGAUGGAUGACGAGCGAAGCCAGGAAGAGUUCCCAAGUUUUCUGAAAAGAAGAAUGAAAGAAAAACGUGACGAACUGGAUGACGAGCGAAGCCAAGAAGAGUUCCCAAGUUUUCUGAAAAGAAGAAUGAAAGAAAAACGUGACGAACUGGAUGACGAGCGAAGCCAAGAAGAGUUCCCAAGUUUUAUGAAAAGAAUAUUGAACGAAAAACGUGACGAACUGGAUGACGAGCGAAGCCAGGAAGAGUUCCCAAGUUUUAUGAAAAGAAGAAUGAAAGAAAAACGUGACGAACUGGAUGACGAGCGAAGCCAAGAAGAGUUCCCAAGUUUUAUGAAAAGAAGAAUGAAAGAAAAACGUGACGAACUAGAUGACGAGCGAAGCCAGGAAGAGUUCCCAAGUUUUAUGAAAAGAAGAAUGAAAGAAAAACGUGACGAACUGGAUGACGAGCGAAGCCAAGAAGAGUUCCCAAGUUUUAUGAAAAGAAGAAUGAAAGAAAAACGUGACGAACUAGAUUAUGACCGGAGCCAGGAAGAGUUCCCAAGUUUCUAUAAAAGAAGCAACAAGCAUAAAAGGGCAGAUCCCGACGAUGAGAGAAGCCAAGAGGAAUUUCCCCAGAAAAGACACGUUUCUGUCCUUUACAAACGUGAUAAUCUUGAUGAGGAGCGCAGCCAGGAGGAAUUCCCUCUGUAUGAUUAUAAAAGGACUCAUCUUCUGACCAGCAAAGAAAAACGUGAAGAGUCGGACUAUGAUAGAAGCCAAGAAUUAUUCCCAAGUUACACCCACAAAAGAAACCAUGGGGAUGGAGAAGAAGAGGAUGAGGAGAGUGAGGAAAGAGAGAAGCGGAUCUGGAAGCCAUCACAUCGAUACCACCACAAGAAAAAGCAACACAAACGCAGUGAGAAUGAGGAUUUCGAAGAACCAGACUAUUACAGAAGUCAAGAAGACUUCCCAAGCUACAGCCAAAAAAGAAGCCAUGGGGAUAGCAGGGACUACAAACCAAAUGAAGACCUGCUGAACAAGCAUAUUAAUGAGGACUUAAACUCUCGGGAAGAGAGAUCUGAAGAGGUAGACGAGGAUACAGCAAAGCGAUACUGGAAACCCACCCAUAGAUACCAUCAUAAGAAGCACCACAAAAGACCCGUGGAAAAAAGGUACGAGGACUCAGAGGAAAGUGAGGAAAUGGAUAAAAGGAUCUGGAAGCCAACACACAGAUAUCACCAUAAGAAGCUUCAUCACAAGCGUGGCGACUCCACAGAGCUCAAGGAUGAAGAUGAACCCAUCUCACAGAAGACUCACAGUCUCCAUGACUCAACAGGCAAUGAAGAGGAAGAAGAAGAAAAUGUUCAUGAGCUUAAUGAAAAGAGGCGUCCCUUAACCAGCCAAGAGGAGGAAGAUGAGCUGAAGAAAGGACACCCGAGUUUUGCAGAGGAGAAGCAGGACAGGGAGGCUGCGUUGCGGUACCUAACAAAAAAGAAGAAUGAGUUAAAGGAACGUCUACUUAGCAAAGGUGAUGUCUAUGAGAAGCGUUCCCCAUGGAUUUACAGAGGAUUCUACCAUCCAGCCUGGUAUAAGAGAGGCCAUAAGGUGGAUGAAAGCACUGACCAGCACCCCUACCAUAAACUAGAGGACUUUGCUGAGACUCUCCGGUACAAAAGAGGCCUGCUUACUAAUGGGGAGUCAUUCGAGGAGGAAAAGGGUGUCCCCCAACAGAAGCUUCUCACACCAGAGUUAAAAGAACUUGAGAAACUGGCCUCUGUGGAUCAACAGAUGAAAGAGACAACUUAACCAUUCGAGACAUCAUUUUCUUGCCCUGCCCGAUUUCAGUGAGCUUUGUGUGUUCUUUUGCUGCUUUAGAUGAAUGCAUUACUAUAUGUCGU